AUGGGAUCCCGAAUCCCAUCCCACCAGCUCAGCAACGGGCUCUACGUCUCGGGGCGGCCCGAGAACCCGAAGGAACGGGCUCCGACAAUGGCGUCCCGCUCCGUCAUCUACACCGGCGGGGACGUCAAGAAGUCCGGUGAGCUCGGCAAGAUGUUCGACAUUCCCGUCGCCGAUAACCCUCCCUCCCUCAAGCCCUCCCGCCCCUCCUCAUCCUCCCAGCACAACUCCGGAUCCGUCCGAUCCGGACCCAACUCCGGCCCCAUGAACCGGCCCAACUCUGGCUCCGGACCGAUCAAGAAGACCUCCGGUCCCCUGACCGCACUAGCCCCCACCGGGCUCAUCACCUCCGGUCCUAUCGGCUCCGGCCCCCUCGGGUCGACCCGGAGGUCCGGCCAGCUGGAGCCAAUGGGGUCCAUGAAGGCCACGUACGGGUCGGCCGUGACGAACCUGGGGCCUCAGAAGGUGAGGGUAGGGUUUAGGGUUUCCAGGUGUGUGGUGUAUUCUUUCCUAGGGCUGGUUUUGAUGUUCUUGGCGGUGGCUGUCUUCUUGGGGGUGGUGAUGAAGAAGGUGGUGAUCAUACUGGUGGCGGCGGGGCUGCUGGUCCCGGUGGUAGCCGCGUGCCUUUGGAAUUUGUGCCUGAAAAGGAAAGGUCUGUUAGGGUUUGUGAAAAGCUACCCAGACGCGGAGCUCAGAGGCGCCACUGAUGGACAGUAUGUGAAGGUCACCGGGGUUGUUACCUGUGGAAGUAUACCCUUGGAAUCAUCUUACCAGAGGCAGCCCAGGUGUGUGUAUGUCUCCACAGAACUAUAUGAAUACAGAGGAUGGGGUGGCAAGUCUGCAAAUCCUGAGCACCGGUUCUUCUCCUGGGGGAUUAGACAUUCCGAGAAGUAUGUGGCUGAUUUCUAUAUAUCAGACUUCCAGUCUGGUCUGAGAGCCCUGGUGAAGGCUGGGUAUGGAGCUAAGGUCUGUCCGUUCGUGAAACCAUCUACAGUUGUUGAAGUCACAAAGGAGAACAGGGAUUUGUCACCAAGCUUCCUGCGGUGGCUUGCUGACCGAAGCCUUUCUAGUGACGAUCGCGUAAUGCGCUUAAAAGAAGGGCAUAUCAGGGAAGGGAGCACUGUAAGUGUCAUGGGUGUGGUUCGACGCCAUGAUAACGUCCUAAUGAUUGUCCCACCAUCUGACCCGGUCUCCACGGGGUGCCAGUGGGCCCGCUGCCUCCUACCCACGUAUGUCGAAGGACUCAUCUUGACUUGUGAAGAAAACCAAGAUGCAGAUGUCGUGAAUGUGUAAAUAAUAACCCUCUCCUGUCGAUUGUCCUCAUCCUAAUCUUUUCUCCAAUCCUGUUCACUCCCGGAGUAAAUACUCAGCGAAGGCUUACAAGGAGGAAAUAGUAGCAGAAGAAGGAUCUGCUCAUCUAUUCCCUUACUUUUUGAUUUGCUUUGAAGUGUAAAGUAAAUGCAGAGCUAGGAGGCUGAAGGGUCUCGGUAAUUACAAUCAAAGAUCGUAUAGCAUAGUUUGAGAGAGUUUGUUUUAUGGGUUUUCGGAGAUUGUUAAUUCUCAAAAUGGGGAUGGAAAAGGAAGAAUAGAGUGCUCACUGCUCUUCCCACGAAAAUCUCAAGAGGGAUAUUGUAUGUAUCCUUUGAUGCUUUUGCACACUCAGUUUGGCUGAUUUUAUAUGUACAUAAAGUUUGCUGAAGCUGCUCUUUUCAACGGAGUUCAGAAGUGCUCUGUUGGGCUGU